AUGGGUCUCAACAACACAGAUAUCACAGCCUUCUCUCCCGAGUACAAGUAUACCAUCUCCUCUCUCCAGCGCUCCAAUAUGGGUGUUUAUCAGUGUGUGGUGAGAAACAGGAUGGGCGCUCUGCUUCAGAGAAGAGCCGAGAUACAAGUGGCAUAUAUGGGUGACUUUCUCGACAAUGACCAAAGAAAGACUGUGACACAGGGCCGGGCCGCCAUCCUAAAUUCCCCAGCGGUCAGUUGCUUCCCGCGGCCACAGGUGACAUGGUUCAGGGACGGCUACAAGAUCAUUCCCAGCAACAGAGUGUAAGUACAGCUUAAUUGCUUGUCUAAUCUUUAAACCUGAACGCCUGCUCAUUAGGAAAGUUCUGGGUGACCCAGCAAAGGUCCCUAUGGCUUUGGGUUCACGUAAGGGAUGUAAUUACCUUCAGUGUUCACG